AUGAAGAACUACUAAUGCACUUCAUCUCUCCUCAAAUACCGAAGCUAUCCAGACAUGGUACAGGACUUCUGAUCCGAGAUCCGUGCUGUUCUUCGGAGAUCAAACGGCGAUUUCUUCGUGCUUUGGCAUUAUUACCGGGACAUUUUUUAGACGUGCGUUUUGCGCAAAAAGUGUGUGGAGCGAUGGACGGGACAAAUGCGCUUUAUCGUGUAUUGAACCUGUGAGGAUGCGACAAGACAUUUGAUUUUGACCUAAAUCGUCAUUGUUAGUUAACUACUAUAUCAGCUAUGAUGAAAAUAAAUAUUUCUUGAUCCGUCUGGAAGAUGUUUGCUCCUAACUGAUCAUGGGUCUCCCAUUAAAAGGAGGAUUACACUGGAAAUGACAGUAGAUUCCUCUAAGAAACAACAAAUGCACCCCUGAAUAUCCAUUAUUAUCGCCUAUAUCAUAUUGUGGCACUUCAAAAAUAAAAAGAGCCACUUUUUAACGUGCUUUAGGGACUGUUUAUCUUAAUAAAGAUGAUCCUCUUCCGUAAAUUUCGCGUGUUGAUUUUAAUGGUGUUUCUCGUCGCCUGCACCAUGCACAUCAUGAUAGACCUGUUACCCAAACUGGAGAAGCGCGCAGCUGGUCCGAGCUCCGGCGCGGCGGGAGCAGGAGGCGGCUGCUCGUGCGCUCACAGCCCGGGCGAGGAGCCGCGAUCCUGGGCCAAUCAGCGCGCCAGAGCCGCCGCCGCCGAACCGGGCUGGCCUAAUAAACACUCUUUGAGAUUACUGCAGGAUUUCAGCAAUGAGCCCAACUCCAAUCUCAGCUCGCAUUCACGUGAGAAGGUAACAGAGAAAGCUGAGUCUUUGAAGAGUGUGAAACAGCUCAAAUUGGGUCCUGAGAAACGCGGUUUGAUGAAGGACGCAUUGAGCGGACAGAGGAGAGCUGUCCAGGGUCCCUCCAAACUGAAGGCGCUCUAUGAGCAUCCGCUCUAUAAGACUAACCUCCCGCAUCUCUCUGAUGAUGACAACUUAUUCAGCCUCAACACUGAUAUCAGAUUGUACCCCAAAGCUGCUGGAAACCAAGAAUGGCAUAAUGAGGGUAAUGAGGAGGAGUACAGUCCGACGGGAGAGGCUACAACUGAGUCAUAUCCCAACUGGCUCCGUUUCCACAUUGGGAUUAACCGGUAUGAGCUCUACUCCAGACACAAUCUCGUCAUAGAGGCCCUGCUAAAGGACCUGGUCUCCCAGAGGAUCACAAGUGUAGCUAUGAAGUCAGGUGGCACUCAGCUGAAGCUUAUCAUGACAUUUCAGAACUACGGACAAGCCCUGUUCAAGCCUAUGAAACAAACCAGAGAGCAAGAAACACCACCAGACUUCUUCUACUUCUCUGACUUUGAGCGACACAAUGCAGAGAUCGCUGCAUUUCAUCUAGAUAGAAUCUUGGAUUUCCGGAGAGUUCCCCCGGUGGCCGGCAGAUUGGUGAACAUGACACGGGAGAUCCGGGACGUGACCCGUGACAAAAAGCUCUGGCGAACAUUCUUCAUAUCCCCAGCCAACAACAUCUGCUUCUACGGCGAGUGCUCGUACUACUGCUCCACGGAACAUGCCCUGUGCGGAAAACCCGACCAGAUCGAAGGCUCCCUGGCAGCAUUUCUUCCUGACUUGGCACUGGCAAAGCGCAAGACCUGGAGGAACCCCUGGCGCCGUUCCUACCACAAACGCAAGAAAGCUGAGUGGGAAGUGGAUCCAGAUUAUUGUGAUGAAGUCAAACAGACUCCACCAUAUGACCAGGGCACACGCCUUCUGGACAUCAUGGACAUGACUAUUUUUGACUUUCUAAUGGGAAAUAUGGAUCGUCACCAUUACGAGACUUUUGAGAAGUUUGGAAAUGAGACUUUCAUUAUUCAUUUGGACAAUGGCAGAGGAUUUGGAAAACAUUCUCAUGAUGAAAUGUCUAUCUUGGUCCCUUUGACUCAGUGCUGCAGAGUGAAGAGGUCGACGUACCUGCGGCUGCAGCUGUUGGCUAAAGAAGAGUACCAGCUGAGCUCUUUGAUGUGGGAAUCUCUGCUGCAGGAUCAGCUUACCCCCAUCCUCAUCCAGCCACACCUGCAGGCCAUGGACCGUCGCUUACGUCUGGUGCUCAAGGUGCUGGCCGACUGCGUGGAGAAAGAAGGCUUCUCAUUAGUGGUGGAGGAUGACCUGGACACACAGCCCUCCUCACACCACCACCAGGCACACAGAGGGAGGUAGUGAGUCCUGAACCUCGGCCCUCGCUGGUCAAACCCCCACCAUGUGCCUCCAACCCCACCGAGGCUUGUGCUUGAGACACUCUCUGAAUUCAGUGAAUUCCUAGACUUGCCACCAAUGCCUCUGAGGAGCCUCCCUACCUGAAGAUGUGCUAUACAGACGUACAGAGACACAGCUAUGUGUUUGACAUCCGAGGACCGCUGGGACAAUAAAGCUGUUUAUUUUGUUUGAUUGUCUUUUGAUGCACUGCAAAAAUUCAUUGUCUUGAUCACAAUGUUUGUCUUCUUUUUUCCACUACAAAUAUCACAUAUAUUUUUACAGAUUAUGAAAAGAACAAGGGCAAAUGCCCACCAUGAUGCAUUAGAGAUGGAAAGCAAUCAAAUCCCUGAAACUUUGAGAAGCAAAUAAAUCUUUGCCAAGUCUGAGUACACAUGGUGACUAAGUGUAAAUAGGCCCUAAACAUCCUUAAAUUUACAUGAGAAGCAAAAUUAAGAACAAUAAUAAGACUUGUUUUUAGAGAAUAACUCUUAAUUUUAUUUUUCUUCUAAUUAUUCUUACCCAUUGGCAAAUUGUUUUUUUUUUUUAAACAUGCUGCUUUCAAAUGUUCAUGUACCCUAAAAUCAACCCCAUCAACCCCCAAAUCAAUCAGAGGUUGCAUUUUUGCUCUAAAAUUACAUUUAUUUUCCACUGACGGUUACGUUUAGGGUGGGGGUUUGGGUUAGGGAGUACAGUUAUACAGUAAUAUGUAUUCCUGUUUACUGUAUUACAUUUAUAACCA